AGUUUUUUGUCACCGUUUACAAACGCUACGUCUAAAUCGACCACGGUGGAACUUUAAAGAUGACAGGCAACAAAUAUUCAAUUUUGUUACCAACUUAUAAUGAAAAAGAAAAUUUACCAUUGAUAAUUUGGCUGAUUGUCAAAUAUAUGUCUGAGAGCAAUUUGGAUUAUGAAGUCAUUGUUAUUGAUGAUGGAAGCCCUGACGGAACAUUGGAUGUUGCUAAAAAACUACAAAAGCUGUACGGCGAUGACAAGAUAGUUUUAAGACCUAGAGAAAAGAAACUGGGUUUAGGAACUGCUUAUGUUCAUGGGAUUCAGCAUGCAAAGGGAAAUUUUAUAAUAAUCAUGGACGCUGAUAUGUCUCACCAUCCAAAGUUUAUUCCUCAAUAUAUUAAGAAGCAACAAGAAAAAGACUACGACGUUGUCACAGGAACUAGAUAUAUUGGAAACGGUGGAGUUUAUGGAUGGGAUUUGAAACGAAAAGCUGUUAGUCGUGGCGCUAACUUCAUAACACAAAUUCUCCUAAGGCCUGGGGUAACAGAUUAUACUGGAAGUUUCAGACUUUACAAGAAAUCAGUUUUAAAACAAUUGAUGGAUACUGUAAUCUCUAAAGGUUAUGCUUUUCAAAUGGAGAUUAUUGUAAGAGCUAAACAAAUGAAAUUUUCAGUCGCGGAGGUCCCGAUAACGUUUGUCGAUAGAGUGUAUGGAGAAUCAAAGCUGGGCACUGGGGAAAUAUUCCAGUUUUUAAAAGGGUUGAUUUAUCUCCUAGCAACAUCAUGA